CAGAAAACUACCCCUCCACCACCCAAAAAACUCCACCCCACACUCACACCUACACCUACGCCUACACCUGCACCCACGCUUCCUCGCAUACAUAUCAAGUAGGGCGCAACAAAUAGAAGACUGCGCGACGCAGCGCAAAUACAUCCAACAUGGCGACUGAGGUCAUGACAGUGUCGGAGAGGCAGAGAAAGCCCAGAGACCCAAAUCUUCCUCCAGAAAAUGAACGAUUUAUUCGAGCAUGUUCCGAUAUUGCCAGCUUUCUAGUUCAAGAUCACGAAGCCCAGCAGGACUCCUCAAAGCCGAAGAGAGACGUAAAUCUCAAUGCUCUGCGAUCCAAAAUGUCUAAAAAGCACCGGCUGAGCAAUAUCCCGCCACUAACUGCAAUUAUUGCUGCCAUACCCGAACAUUACAAGAAAUAUAUUCUCCCAAAGUUAAUAGCAAAACCAAUCAGUGAGUGAUCCCAUAUGCUUCCAAGAACCCCUCCUAAUAAAUCCCAGGAAGUGCCUCUGGUAUUGCUGUGGUAGCUGUAAUGUGUAAACCUCACAGGUGCCCACACAUCGCAUAUACGGGUAACAUCUGUGUAUACUGUCCUGGAGGUCCUGAUUCGGAUUUUGAAUAUUCCACACAAUCAUACACUGGUUACGAGCCUACUUCCAUGCGGGCAAUACGAGCACGGUACGACCCAUUCGAACAAGCAAGAGGGCGUGUGGAUCAGAUCAAAUCAUUGGGUCAUAGUGUGGAUAAAGUUGAAUAUAUUAUUAUGGGAGGAACUUUCAUGUCGCUAUCAGAAAGCUAUCGAGAUGGUUUUAUUUCUCAAUUACACAAUGCUCUAAGUGGAUACCAAGGGAAUAACGUCGAUGAAGCAGUUCAGGCUGGAGAAAUGAGCAACAUCAAAUGCGUGGGUAUCACAAUCGAAACGCGCCCGGAUUACUGCCUAGCACCACAUUUAUCUGCAAUGCUGCGAUACGGUUGUACUCGAUUAGAAAUUGGUGUGCAAUCCUUAUAUGAAGAUGUUGCAAGAGACACAAACAGAGGUCACACCGUUGCAUCUGUAGCCGAAACCUUCUGUCUUGCAAAAGACGCCGGCUUCAAGGUCGUUAGUCAUAUGAUGCCAGAUUUGCCAAAUGUUGGUAUGGAGAGAGAUUUGGAUCAAUUCAGAGAAUAUUUCGAGAACCCCGCAUUUCGGACUGACGGGCUGAAAAUCUACCCCACACUUGUCAUCAGAGGAACAGGAUUGUAUGAACUGUGGCGGACAGGACGGUACAAGAAUUACACGCCAAAUGCUCUUAUUGACAUAGUAGCUCGGAUUUUGGCGCUCGUCCCUCCAUGGACUCGAAUUUACCGAGUUCAGAGAGAUAUCCCCAUGCCGCUUGUUACAUCUGGAGUUGAGAACGGCAAUUUACGAGAGCUGGCUCUAAGCAGAAUGAAGGACUUUGGCACUACUUGCCGAGACGUACGAACACGAGAGGUUGGUAUCAAUGAAGUCAAAAACAAGAUUCGUCCGUCUCAAGUUGAACUUGUUCGUCGGGACUAUACUGCAAACAACGGCUGGGAGACUUUCUUGGCUUACGAGGACCCGAAACAAGAUAUUCUCAUUGGACUUCUACGUCUUCGAAAAUGCUCGAAAACUCAUACCUUCCGCCCAGAGCUUACUGGUCAGCCCACAAGUCUGGUCCGAGAGUUGCAUGUGUACGGUUCUGCAGUACCUGUCCAUGCUCGGGAUCCAAGAAAGUUCCAACAUCAAGGAUAUGGUACCUUGCUGAUGGAAGAAGCAGAACGUAUUGCUAGAGAUGAACAUGGCAGCCAGAAGAUCAGCGUCAUUUCCGGAGUUGGUACUCGAGAUUACUAUCGAAAACUUGGUUAUUGGCUUGAUGGUAUGUUCAACUGUUUGAUGUUGUAGGAGAGUGCUAAUGAGUACCGUUUUAGGACCAUACAUGAGCAAGACGAUAAAGCCAAAGAACGAGGAUGAUGAUAGUGACGACGAAAUCUGAUUUAAAAUAAGGUUUCAUAGGAGCUUUCCUAGAAUCAAACCACGAAAAGAGUAAGCAUGCUUAUCAAGGUGCCGCCAAAGUUGCGGACAAUGUGAAUUGGUCUUGUGGAAUUCUUCAAUUUCAAGCGCUCUGAAAAUGUUAAUCCGGCACGGCAACAAAGCAUGACCCCAAGAAGUCGAAUCCCUGGUAAAUUUGAAGAGAACAUCGAUAUGGAAGUACUAACUCGAUUCUGAGGACUUUUUUGCUCUCGUCAUCCAUUGAGAGGAUUUUGGCAUGGCGGGCGAGUUGUGGAAAACAGCAAAAACCAAGCUUGUCACUAUGUGCUGCAAUGGCUUGUAGUCAAGGCCAAAAAGAAGAGCAGAUUGGCAUUCUUGUGCCCAGAUCUUCAGACGUAUAUAGCUGACAUGUGCGCUCAAGUUGUUCGUAACCUAGACUCCAAAGCAAAUGCAGGGUGCGGGGGCUCUCGCUUAACGAGGCAUGGCUAUCUAUCAAUCUAAAUUUGAUAUUAUGGCUUUUAUGGCCAAGCAAUUGCUUAUAGGGGUUGAGAAGUUGAUAAUUAUAUACUCUAU